AUGAUGCGGCUCCGAGGCUCUGCGAUGCUGCGGGAGCUGCUGCUGCUGCAUCCGCCCGCCGCUGGGGCGGCCCUGAGACGGGCGCAGCCCCUCGCCACCUUGUGCCGGCGCCCCCGAGCCGGCGGCCGAGCUGCUGCCGCCGCCGCCAGAGAACUGUUCCCCUGGCGGGGUGGAGGCACCCGACAGCCCGGUGUGCCCCUGGCCCGGGGGCUGACGAGCUCCCACUCGGAAAUUCUGCAGGAGCUGGGCAAGGGGAGCUCCCAGUCGCAGACAUCGCAAAUGCAGCCGCCUACGUCGACCCCCCCGAAGGACGGCCCGGGCGAGGGCAACGCCUAUGGCAACAGCGAGGGGAAGGAGAUGGCCGGGGGAGAAAAUAAGAUCAAACAGGGUCUUCUACCUAGCUUGGAGGAUUUGCUGUUCUAUACCAUUGCAGAAGGGCAAGAAAAAAUACCAGUUCAUAAGUUCAUUACAGCACUGAAAUCUACAGGAUUGCGAACUUCUGAUCCCAGGUUGAAAGAGUGUAUGGAUAUGUUGAGAUUAACUCUUCAGACAACAUCAGAUGGUGUCAUGCUAGACAAAGAUCUUUUUAAAAAAUGUGUUCAAAGCAACAUUGUGCUGCUUACACAGGCCUUUAGGAGAAAGUUUGUCAUUCCAGACUUUAUGUCGUUUACCUCACACAUUGAUGAAUUGUAUGAAAGUGCUAAAAAACAGUCUGGAGGAAAGGUUGCUGAUUACAUCCCUCAACUGGCCAAGUUCAGUCCAGAUUUAUGGGGAGUAUCAGUGUGUACAGUGGAUGGACAGAGGCAUUCUAUUGGAGAUACCAAAGUCCCCUUUUGUCUUCAGUCCUGUGUAAAGCCCUUGAAAUAUGCCAUUGCUGUAAAUGACCUUGGAACAGAGUAUGUACAUCGAUAUGUUGGAAAAGAGCCCAGCGGAUUAAGAUUCAACAAACUCUUCCUGAAUGAAGAUGAUAGGCCUCAUAAUCCUAUGGUGAAUGCUGGAGCAAUUGUUGUAACUUCAUUAAUAAAGCAAGGAGUAAAUAAUGCUGAAAAAUUUGACUAUGUGAUGCAGUUUUUGAAUAAGAUGGCUGGUAAUGAAUAUGUUGGAUUCAGUAAUGCCACGUUUCAAUCUGAACGGGAAAGUGGAGAUCGGAAUUUUGCAAUAGGAUAUUACUUAAAGGAGAAAAAGUGUUUUCCAGAAGGCACAGACAUGGUUGGGAUAUUAGACUUCUACUUCCAGUUGUGUUCCAUUGAAGUGACUUGUGAAUCAGCCAGUGUGAUGGCUUCUACAUUAGCUAAUGGUGGUUUCUGUCCAAUCACUGGUGAAAGAGUACUGAGUCCAGAAGCAGUUCGAAAUACACUAAGUCUGAUGCAUUCUUGUGGCAUGUAUGACUUCUCAGGUCAAUUUGCUUUCCAUGUUGGUCUCCCUGCAAAAUCUGGAGUUGCUGGGGGCAUUCUUUUAGUUGUUCCUAAUGUUAUGGGAAUGAUGUGCUGGUCUCCUCCAUUAGAUAAGAUGGGCAACAGUGUUAAGGGAAUUCACUUCUGUCAUGAUCUUGUUUCUUUGUGCAAUUUCCAUAACUAUGAUAAUUUGAGACACUUUGCAAAAAAACUUGAUCCUCGAAGAGAAGGUGGUGAUCAGAGGCAUGCCUUUGGACCCUUGGAUUAUGAAAGUCUUCAACAAGAACUUGCUCUAAAAGAUACAGUAUGGAAAAAAGUGUCACCUGAGGCAAAUGAGGACAUCUCCACAACUGUAGUGUAUAGAAUGGAAAGUCUGGGAGAGAAAAGCUAAACGAAAUGGGAUUUCUAGUGUCAGAAUUUUCUUUAUUGAGCUCAUAAUGUCUUUUGUUUUAUGCAUACUCUUAUUAUUUAUUUGUUUUUUUUCCCUCAACUUUUGACGCAAUUCAUGGACUUAUCCCUUGUGUAAAACUAUCAGAAAUCAAAAAAUAGGUUCAUUGUCCUUUUAAAGACUGCAAAAUAGGCAUUAAAGGAAAUUUACUUUAAAGAAAACUAUAGAAAGGAAAUAUAUUAUUUGGUUUAAAAAUUUCCUCUAAAAGUAUUUUUGUUAACAGUAUUAAAGAUACAUUGUCAUAUUGGAAAAAUAGAAAUUCUUAAUUUCAAAUCUCUUAUUAAACCUUUAAUUUUCAGUUCUAUAAACUGACAUGGUGAUAAUAUUAUCACUUUCUAAGCCAAAUCCAAUGGACAAAAUAAUUGUAAUUGUUACUAUUAAAAAGUUAAAGUGAUAGUCAGAUUUAUUUCAAUAUUAAUCAUUGACACCAUACCAGAAUAGUUCCAAAAUACAAAGUAACUUCAAGUUAAGUUCAGAAAUAUUUUGUAGCACUUUUUAGUAUUUUUUUUUUUUUUAUUACUUUAAAUAUUAGCAAUUUUUUGAGGUCUGGUAGUGAAUAUAUUAAGUACAUUUUCUUUGUAACUCCAGCGUUGUAAAUGAUGAAAUUACAGUGGGUGAGGAGUAACUUGUAUUAUUCCUAAAUAUUCCAGCCAAAAUAACUUAAGGAAUAAAAUUAAUGCUCAAAUUGCUAGUAAACUAGAAGGAACAAAAGCAUUUCUUAGGAGAAAUUGUUUCUGAUUAUUGGCAAUUUUCAUGUUCCAACUUAAUUUUUUCUAGGGGAUAAUUGCAUAAAAAAAAUUUCUUUUUCUUUAAUUUUUCAUGAAGGUUCCCUCCCCACCUCUCCUCACAUACAAUAAGGUUGGAACACAUCCAUUAACUUUAAAAGAGGUUUUAUUUUAACUGUUUAAGUGUAGCGACAUAGGAAUGGACUGAAGAACUUGUUGGAAUUUAAUACUACAUCAAGACAUUUACUUUUAUAUUCUAAGUUCUUGAGGUUAGAUGUCUAGUAACUUAAAAUGUGUAUUGAGAAUAACAUGUCCAGUUGAUUACUUUGUAUUUUUAAAAAUUGGUAACUAUGUUAACUCAAAACUUUUGACAAAUGAUAUUUUGAAAUUAGACAGAACCUAUUCACAAUUCUUCCUUCAUUUUACCUGCUCACUUCACCUAAGUUCCAUCAUAAGCCAGUUCCUUAUUCUUCUCUAAAGCUAUAAUCAUUUCCUUUGAGAGGGGUAGAGCAUGUAGACUUUGUAAUUGUAGAUUAUACAUGUCAAGGUAAAGAUUACUAAAGGAUAAUAAGACAUAAAAGAAAGGUUAGUUGUUUUGAUUGUAAUGACUAUCCAAGAUGAAGAGAUGUUGUUAAGGACAAGACAGUAUGGCAAUACCAGGUCAACCUUGAAGCCAAGAAGACUUUGGUUUGAUAUCUGCCUCAAAUGCAUACUGGCUUUUUGACCUUAUUAAUAAGCAAGUCACUUAACCCUCAGUUCUAAGUUAUUUUUUUCUGAGUCAUGUGGUUACUUAAAAUCAUGUCAUACAUUUAAAUUUUAAAGUAAGGUCGCUCUUUUGGAGAGCAUUUUCACCACUGUAACCUUAAACCUGAUUCAGACUCUUAAUAAUCCUCAUAUAACUUGCCAUUGAAAGUUUGACCAGGUUGAAUGCCCAAAGCAGUAAAUAUGAAGAAGGGUUCUCUGCUCUUAAUGUUCCCAUUCAAAUCCUUCUACUAUUCAUUUUGUCAUAGGUUUUAUUUUUUUAGAGUUGACAUUUAAUAAAGUUUAAUUUUGUUACUAAAACUGGAAAUAGUUAUGAAAAUAUUAUAAAAAGGAAAUGUAUUUUCAUGUAUUGGUAUAUAUUUAUAAUCACAAAUUGUUUAUUUGUAGAAUUUUCCUGUCUUUGUAAAACUUAAAUUUUCAUUUAGAAGUAAAAUAACCACGUUUACUCCAAUAAGUUUAUAGAACAAGAUCUAAAAGUAAUUAAGAAAAUAUUCCUUCAAUAAAGAAAAAAAGCAAUUGAAAUGAGAGGAAAGAUACUUUGUGAAUAGGACCCAAAACAUUUAUAUUUAAAAUAAAAUAAAACAAAAACACAACACUUUGCCUAAGACCUUAAAGGCUUUAUCUUGCAUUAUUCAGUAUUACCUAAUACUUUUUUUUUCCCAAGAUAAUGCCUAUGAUUGUUGGGUUUCAUUUGUUUCAUACAGUUACUGAUUCUUGAUAUUCAAGCAUUUUAGGAGUUAGAAUAUGUUUUUUUCUUUGUUUGGGAUCAUUGACAUUUCGUUUGAAAUGUACAUUUCUUUAAAUAUUUUGUUUUUCAGCAUAAAUGUUGUGCAUUUUGCUUGAGUAUUUAGAUUUAAAACAUUUGUCUUAUAGUUUCUUCUUUCAUUGCUUUUGUAUAUUUAAUGUACCUUUUGUUUCCAGCAUGCAUAUUUUUGUAUUGUUUAAUAAAUUUAUUUUAAGCUGA